GACCAAAGAUGGCCGUUUCGUGUUUUGGAGUGACGCAACGUAUACGUGACCACCCAGACUUGGACGAUUCAUUCUACAGCAGAAACAUAGUCUGAGAUAUGCGCGGAAAAUAGUAAAUAUGACGCUAAACCCAUUAAUAUUUCAUCACGUAGACAAGUAUUACUAGUUUUGAUCACAACAAUCCAAAAAGAAAAUGAAGUUGCUUCACAAAGAUAUUGAAAAAGACAAUGCCGGGAUACAUCCCACUCUGCCUCACCCCUCACUCUGCCGGUAACGCUGUGUCCCGCCAGCCAGGUGACGCUGAUGCCGGAAGAAGCGGAGGACAUGUGGCACACCUACAACCUGCUUCAGAUCGGAGACAGCCUACAGGCUUCCACCAUCAGGAAGGUGCAGACUGAGUCCUCCACCGGCAGUGUGGGCAGCUCCAGGGUCCGCACCACCCUCACUGUGUGUGUGGAGACCAUCGACUUUGACUCCCAGGCCUGCCAGCUGAGGGUGAAGGGAACCAACCUCCUGGAGAACCCGUAUGUGAAGAUGGGGGCCUAUCACACCAUAGAGCUGGAGCUAAACAGGAAGUUCACUCUGGCUAAGAAGGUGUGGGACAGUAUUGUGCUGGACAGGAUUGAGCAGGCGUGCGACCCCAGCCAGAAGGCUGAUGUGGCAGCCGUGGUGAUGCAGGAGGGGCUGGCUAACCUGGUGCUGGUGACCCCAGCCAUGACCCUGCUGAGGGCCAAGGUGGAGGUGACCAUCCCCCGCAAGAGGAGGGGCAGCUGCACCCAGCACGACAAGGCUCUGGAGAGGUUCUAUGAAGCUGUGAUGCAGGGGAUCCUCAGACACAUCAACUUUGACGUGGUGAAGUGCAUCCUGGUGGCCAGUCCUGGCUUUGUGAAGGAGCAGUUCAUGACCUUCCUGUUCCGAGAGGCUGUGCGCCAGGACUGCAAACUGCUGCUGGAGAACCGACCCAAGUUCAUGAUGGUCCACUCCUCCUCGGGACACAAGUACUCCCUGAAAGAGAUCCUGACUGACCCCAGUGUGACCAGCAGACUGUCGGACACCAAGGCUGCAGGGGAGGUGAAAGCCCUGGAGGACUUCUACAAGAUGCUGCAGCAUGAGCCGGACAGAGCCUUCUACGGGCUGGCCCACGUGGAGAAGGCCGCUGACGCCCUGGCUGUGGACACCCUGCUCAUCAGUGACAAGCUCUUCAGACAUCAGGACGUCGCUACGAGGAGCCGGUACGUGCGGCUGGUGGACAGCGUCAGGGACAACGGAGGCAGCGUCAGGAUGUUUUCCAGUCUUCAUGUCUCUGGAGAACAGUUGACUCAGCUGAGUGGUGUAGCAGCCGUCCUGCGCUUCCCCAUCGCUGACCUAUCAGAGCCUGAGGAGGACAGCAGCUCGGACGAGGACUAACCCCUCUCCCUCCUCUCCCCCUGUCUCCCUCCUCUCCCUCCUCUUCCCCUGUCUCCCUCCUCUCCCCCUGUCUCCCUCCUCUCCCUCCUCUUCCCCUGUCUCCCUCGUCUCCCCCUGUCUCCCCCUGUCUCCCCUCGGAGGGCGGGCCAGAUGAGGACCAGACCUCGACCCACCAGAGAACCCAGUGGGUGGAGGUCUUCUCUCUCACCUGCCUCUUCUGACUGCCUCUGCCCCUGCCUCUGCUCUCUAGAUCUGCUCAUCAUCAUUUGACCUGCUGUGUGUGGUGUGCAGGGUGACGACUCAAAAGGCUGAGCUGAGCUGUUUGAUAUUGGUGCCAAGUUCUUAUCCAACACACAUACAGGAGGGGGCUGAUUAAUAACAAUACAGAUCAACAUGAACAGACACACAUGAUUCUUUUCUAAUGAGGCUUUUGCAAAAAAUUCCUUUCAAGUGUAUAUAUAUACAGUUUUUCUUGCAAUAAAACUAUGUGAAGCAUAGACACCUU